AUGAAUAACAAUUUAAAAGAAUAUAGUAUUUAUAUAAAGCUAUCAAUAUUUAGUUUAAUUAUAUUUUUAGUUACACUUUCUAUAUAUUCCAAUACACUUGUAAAUGAAUUCACAGAGGAUGAAGUGAAGUUAAUCAAGGAGAAUAGAGAUGUCUAUAGAUUACCUAGUGACAAUAGAUCUAGUGUAGAAGCUAUUGUUGAUCUAUUCUCUGGUAGAUCUGCUAAUAGUCAGAGUCAGAACAUCGAAGAGAUCGUCAGCGGCAAGAGUAAAUACAAAACACCGAUGACCACACUGUCGUGGAUAGUCGACCGUCUAUUCAGUCAGCUGACAGGUGCACCCGAUGACGAUGCAGAGCUCUAUCAUCUCUCCAACGUUCUACUACAUGCAACUCUAGGUGUUCAAGUAUUCCUAUUCACCAUACAUCUAACAACCAGUUUAAAGAGUAGUAGUACACCUAGCAUGUCACAUUCAUUUGGUAAUGAUCUUGCAUGUUUUAUCGGUAGUUUGUUAUUCGUUUUGCAUCCGGUGAAUGGUGAGAUUGUUGCUAGUAUUGGAAGUGGUAGAUCGGUGUUGCUGUCUUGUAACUUUGUUAUGUUAUCGCUACUGACCUAUCGAUACAGUUUAAUUGGUUCGUUGGUUUGCUUCUUGCUCGGUAGUUUGGCAGGUGGUAUUGCCUAUGCGCUAAUGCUGCUGCUACCGUUGUAUCAUUACAUUCUCCGUGGUAACCUACGAUCGUUUAUCGUAGUAGCGAUGCUAUUGAUAUCGGUCAUUCAAUAUAUAUUGGCAUCUGCUUAUUUCAGUCCGUUCUCCUACUACAUCAACACAGACGCUGUUGCCAAUGGCGAAGUAGAUGAAGUCUAUGGUGAACUAAGAUAUGUAGAUAACCACGUUGGUUUCGAGUCGAACCGAUUGACACGUCUACUCACCAUCGAUUACUCACACGCGCAUUACCUAUGGUUGUUGUUAGUGCCAAAGACACUGUCUGUAGAUUGGAGUUACAAUUGUUUGCCUACAGUUCAAUCGUUGACCGACAAACUGAAUAUACAGACAUUGUUGACCUAUAGUGUUAUAUUCCUUCCACUGCUAUUCACCAACGUCAAGAAGCAAUCGGUAGUUAUCUUGUUUUACAUUCUCUUUGGUGUAAUUAACAUGAUUCCUAAAUUAAACCUAUUCUUUUACACCGAUUCACUUGUUAGUGAAAACAACCUAUAUCUACCAUCGAUUGCAUUCUGUAUACUCCUAGGUAGACUAUUAACAUCACCAUUCUUAUUAAUAGAUUAUAAAGAAGAACAACAACAACAAAGACAACAAAAAGAAAAAGAAAAAGAAAUAAUAGAUAAUAAUAAUAAUAAAGAUAAAGAAGUAAAUAACAAAGUAAAAGAAGAUAGUGAUGAUAAUGAAAAUGAAUCAAUAGUAAGAAGAAGAAAGAAAUUACAAAAGGAAAUGGAUGAAAAUGAUAGUAAUAGUAAUAAUAGAUUACAAAAGAAUAAGAAGAAUAAGAAAGUAUCUUUAACAACCACCUCCACCACCAAAAAUAGAUUAUCAAUCAUCAACAAACUACUUAUUGCAAUAAGUUUAACAGCUACUAUUUCAAUUACUAUUCUAUAUUCUUUAACAACCUAUCAAAGAAAUUUUAUUUGGAGAGAUAAAGUUAAUAUAUUAUUUGAUUCAUUAAAUUCUUGUUCAAGUGUAAAACUAAACGAUGAGAUUGCAGGUCUAUAUAUUAAAGCAGAGGAUUGGAAUAACGCUAAACUUUACUGUGAGAAUGCAUUAGAUAUAUUACCUUCUUAUUGUCUAUCAAAUUACAAGUAUGGUAUGAUAUUGUUACAUACCAAUGGCGAUUACAUUGAAGCCAGUAAGUACUUUGCCAAGAGUAUAGGUCGUGGCUGUAGAGAGACACAACAGAUGACCUGGAUGACCGUCGACGAACUCUAUCAGAAUCUAAUGUCGAAUGCACCCGAGAGUUUCACUGAUUUGCGUGUACAGUUUGCAGAGUUGGUAGAGUCGAUCGAUCCAGAGUUGGCUGCGAAACACCUGUACGACGCUGCGAUGAUCGAAUUCGAAACCAAUGAGAACCUACCAAAGUCACAAACCUACAUGGAACACUCACUGGACAUCGUACUCGACAACCACAAACAAAUUCCUCUAGCUCAGUGGUGUAAGGUAUUCGAAUAUAUAGGAUCAACAUUCGAGCCUGCUAAACAAUCUAAACUAGAAAAACAACUAAACAAAGCAUUAUCUUUAUGUACAAAAACUACGACGACAACAACAACAACUAAAACAACAUCAUCGAAGAAACGAAAACAACAACAACAAAUAUAA